AUGGUGAUGGAAGGUUUCUCGGAGCGACGUGGUGCUCGCACACAAGGAGACGAUGUUGCACGUGUUGCCAUUGUAAUUACGGAUGGUCGCAGUCAGGAUAACGUCACGGAGCCGGCAAAGGUUGCACGGGAUCUGCACAUUAACAUGUUUUCGGUUGGUGUAACGGAUCAUGUGUUAGCAUCGGAACUGGAAUCAAUUGCCGGCUCACCAUCCCGAUGGUUCUACGUUGACCGAUUCAAAGAUCUGGAUACGCGCCUGCGUUCGCUGAUUCAGAAAGCCGCAUGUCCAUCGCCGGAACCAAAACCGCGACCACCAGGUGGCUGUAACCCAACGACACAGACCGGAUGCGAUCGCGCUCUCAAUGAAAUCUGCGUACAGACUGGUGGCACGACACGCUGCCUCUGUCCGGAAAACUUUCAACGACAUCCAAGCACUCGGCGUUGCGGUGGCAAUCAAUGCAAUCCGGAAUUACCAACCUCAUGUCCUCAUCCGGAAGUAUGUAUGGUGACCCCAUUCUCAAAUCAUCUUUGCGUAUGCCCGAAAAGCUUCUCGCGAGAUCUGCGCUCCGGCGUUUGUUGUAAGUUUCAUCUACAGUCAUUCUUCAGUUUAUGA